AUGUUUAAGCAUCAGAACUUCUUCAUUUAUUCUCUAAAUAAUGACGUACUAUACGUAGCAGGAUGUAAAGAGGCUAUUAUAAAGGAUAUUACAGCUAUGUUUAUGUUCUAGUGACAGCUACUCAUAG